GACGCGGAGACGGGCGCGGGCGGAGGACGCGAGCAACCGGGCGCACCGACGACCAUGGCCUCCAAGUGUCCCAAGUGCGACAAGACUGUGUACUUCGCCGAGAAGGUGAGCUCCCUGGGCAAGGACUGGCACAAGUUCUGCCUCAAGUGUGAGCGCUGCAGCAAGACACUGACGCCCGGGGGCCACGCCGAGCACGAUGGGAAGCCGUUCUGCCACAAGCCCUGCUACGCCACGCUCUUCGGACCCAAAGGUGUGAACAUCGGGGGCGCCGGCUCCUACAUCUACGAGAAGCCCUCCUCAGAGGGCCCGCAGGUCACUGGCCCCAUCGAGGUCCCUGUGGCCCGAGCGGAGGAGCGGAAGGCAAGUGGCCCCCCGAAGGGGCCCAGCAAAGCGUCUAGUGUCACCACCUUCACUGGGGAACCGAACAUGUGUCCUCGCUGCAACAAGAGGGUCUAUUUUGCCGAGAAGGUGACGUCCCUGGGCAAGGACUGGCACCGGCCGUGCCUGCGCUGUGAGCGCUGUGGGAAGACGCUGACUCCGGGUGGACACGCGGAGCACGAUGGCCAGCCCUACUGCCACAAGCCCUGCUACGGCAUUCUCUUCGGACCCAAGGGAGUGAACACCGGAGCCGUGGGCAGCUACAUCUAUGACAGGGACCCCGAGGGCAAAGUGCAGCCCUAGGCCCCCGCCCCGGGGCCCCUGCCCGGCGCUGUGGGGAGAGCGCCUGCUGCCCAGUCCUGCCCAGCCUCUGCCCCCCGCCUGGGCGUCCGGGGCCUGCCUGUCGGGGGCGAGGGAAGCGGCGGGGGCGUCUUCGGGAGAGCCCGGCCCCUCGCCGUUUCCCCAGGUGUCCCAGCCCUGCGCCCCGCUUCGCGCCCUCGGGCCCCCUGACCCCGCGUGCUGCCCUGUGUGUCCCAUGGCCCCAGCGGGGCCCUUCUCUGCGGUGGCCGCCUGCCCCCCCCCCGCUGCGCACGCGCUGCCCACGCCGCCCAGUGUUAUUUAUCUCCCUCCGCCGCCCUGGCCACAGCGGCCACAGCCCCGCGGCGCCCCUGGACGUCCCGCCGCCUCCUCACACUGCCGCGCCAGCACUGCCCCCACCCGCGCGGGGAGCACCCCCACAGGAGGAUUUUGCUGUCAAUA